GCAUUGAAGAAGAAGAUAGACAUAUAUACGAAGGGCAAGCACUCUUCUAUCGUCGCCGUAGUCCCUUCUGUUUUCUCGCGUGUGUUGCUCUUUCAGCGGCUUCACCAUCUUCCUACAGACACCAUACCACCCCUGCACAGCGUCUUUGUAUUUUGGGUACUCAGCAUCCUCGCGAGCAGGCACCGUUGCAGCUGUCGUGGCUACUUGCUACACGAUACGCGUUCCGUGCCGCGCCGGACUCCUUCACAGCGGAGCGUGCACCGACGUGGCGUUGCCGCGCUCUUGUUGCUGCGCCGUCGUUGUUUCUCUCUUUUCAUCUCUCUUGCCGCCGACACCACCGGCAGAGAGGGGAGCGAAAAGGAAAAAUAACAGCAUUUAUUUUGAACUAGUCAUGGCUUCGCAGGUGAGCUUCGACGAGUGGGUGGAGCAGCGGUACGCACGCCCCGUUGUCGUCCUCGAGAGCAGCGCCGCUGCCGACGCCAUCUGCGCCCGCCACGGUCUCGACGCGAUCCAGCUGCUCCGUCCACACAGCGUCUACACAGGCGGUCCGCUGCUGUCCCGCACCGGUGAUCGCAGCGACCCCGUCACGUGCAACAAAUUCGGCGUCCGGCUCAUGCGCACCGACUGCGUGCGGGACGUGGCUCUCUCGCAGGUCAUGCGGCACGUGCGACGGCUCCUGCGCAGCGCCGCUGCGAUGGACAUGGCCUACGGAGAGCAGCUGGACAGGGCGAUCGAGAGCAUCGUGGAGGGGGGCCGGAGUCGGCACGACGGCUCGCUACCACACCCUGUGCGCGCCCUCCCACCCGCCACCAGCGCAUCUGGCGGGCCGUCGCCGCCGUCGACGCUACUGGAGCGGGCGUGCCCCUCCUGGCACCGCACUUUUGUGCGGGACUUCCACAGCCUCGUGCGGUGCAGCUCCUUCGACACCGUGGACCACCCCGUGGGCGUCCUCUUCGCCGUCGCCACGAGUGAGGCGGGCGGGGUAGAGGGGAUUCUGCAGGUCUUCCGCGCGCAAGCCAGACGGGUAGCGGAGCUGAAGGCGAGUCUCCCAGGGAUGGACAGCGAGCUCCACCAGUACUACCUCGUCCUGCACGACAACACCGCCGUGUCGAGUCCGUCGCUGGGUACGGCGCGGCAGGUGCUCACGGCGGUGCAGCAGCUUUACGGGGCGAACUACUGCGCCCUCAUCAAAGUCAACUCCGUCCUCGACCCGCGCAUGGUAAAGAGUUUGGAUCCGUCGCUGUGGGUGGACGCCUCGCCGGCGGUGAUGGACGUGCCAUCGGCCCAGGCAGUUCAGCGAGUCGCAUCAGCAGCGGCGGCGGCGGCAAGCAGCAGCGGCACCUCCCCUCCCCCCUCCAGCAGCACACCCACCGACCCGGCAUCGCCGACGACAGCGCCGACGUCACCCAACAGCAACAAUCGCAGUGGUGGGGUUCUGUCCUUUCGAACAGUGCGUCCUACCUGCGGCACGUGGCCAAACUCGAACGCCGCCAUGCUCACCGGGUGUUAUAUGAGCCCCGAGGAUGUGACGGAGGUGCACAACGUGAUGGCCUACUACCUGUCCCAGUCGCUCUUCAAGUACGUGGAGCGGCGACUGCGUAUGCUGGACGUCUCGGUGCAGGAUCGGCGCACGACCACGCUGGGGAAGAUGGCGGCGUGGUUCAAGGGAAAGGACGAGGUGCGCCCUCGCACCGCCGACGUCGUGUACCCGCCCCACGGCUCCGACCCGUCCGCGCUGCCCAAGUACGCGGCCUCGUCGCUCGAGCUGCAGAUGCGCCGCUGCGGUGACCUCUCCCUCGUGCUGCACGACUACGAAGGGGCCAUCACGUACUACCGUCUCUGCAUCGAGGAGCUGCUGGAGACGUUGAGCCAGCGCCCGUACAACCGAUCCAUGAUUGCCGCCUGUCAGGAGGGAGUAGGAGUGGCGCAGUUCCUCAUGCGUCGUGCACCCCUGCCGAGCCCCACGCCGUGGUACACGGGGGUGACCUCCACUACCCACCGCAUCAACUCGCAGACGAACCGGUGGGAAGUGGCGUGGAACGACUUCCUGGAUGCCGGCACGCAGACCUACGCUGUUCGCAUCGCGUUUCUCAUCUACGAAUGCUGUCGUACACGCCUGCCGCCCGUGCUGGACCGCUCCCGCGCCAUUCUCCUGCACCUGCAGCGCAGCGGUGUCCUGCGGCAUCAGAAUCUGCUGAACGGGGUGGUGAACGACAUGCUGGCGGGUAUCUCUGUCUUCUCCAACGCACCCUUCAUGGCGGGUCUGGCGAUGCCGCCGGCGAUCCCGCGGGACUACCCCAUGUCCGUCAGUCUGCGGCGAUUUGCGCGCUACCUGCAGCAGGCGGGCGCCUUCUACCGGGACGACAACUCCCUCGAGCAAGCAUUACGGUGCUACCUGCGUGUGUUAGAGCUGUUCCGGCUGAUCGACCCGCAGGAGACGUGGAAAGACCUCGCCGAGCACCUCUACAUCACCGUAGGGCAGCUGUACACCCAACUGGGGCAGGAUGUGCGCGGCACCGCGAUGGUGUGCGCCGCCGUAGCCCAAGGCACCCCGCUCUACCGCAGUCCCGACACGGCGCAGCAGGCUUUCGAGGCCUUCUGGGCACAGCAGAAGUACGUCCUGGGCAAUAUGGGCUACGCGCUGUGCCCGCACAUGCCGAUGCCCCGCAUCGUACGCGCCUCCUUCCACGUCGACCGCAACUACUACAGCACCGACGUGAUGACGGACGAGGUGGCCCGCAAGAUGAGCGAGACCACGGCGGAGGCGGAGUGGCGCAGCAUCGAGAAGCAGCUGAAGAAGACGUACACGGAGGCGGUGCUCACGACACAGCCGCAGUAUCGCUUUCCCUCCUUGCAUGGCGGUCUCAGCAGCGGCAGCGGUGCCGGAAACAGCAGGGAAGGUAGAAAGGACGGUGGGAGUCAAAGUCGCCGUCGCGCCUCCGGUGCGGCCGGUUCGUCCUCUACCGCCUCGGCCCACUACAAAGCCGUCGAUUACAUCUUUGCAGCUGGGCAACCGGUGCGACCCGGCGACCCGCCGCGGCACUACACCAUUGCCCGUGCGGAGCCGCUGGUGCUGAGUUUUGUGAUGGAGAACACCGUCGGCUGCCCAAUUGUGGCGACCGACCUCACACUGCUGUACCUCUCGUUCAGCGCGCCAGAGCAACUGUGGAAGAGCUCCACGACGCAGACGGUGAAGCUGGCUGCCGGGGCGCGUCAGCGUGUUUCGCUCUCCUUUGACCCCGUCACGGAAGGCGAGUACGCCAUCAUCGGCCUGUGCUGGUCGCUGAUGGGGCAGGAAGGGUACUACUACUUCGCCACGCGGGAGAGUCGCCCGGGCUGCCCGGAAAGCCUGUACGAGUACGCCAUUGAGCACCCCAUGCCGACCCUCGACGCCGCGGAGAACAUCCACGUCACGGUGCAGCCGUCCAAGGCGUGCGUCACGGCCGGCUUCCACCCCCGUCUGCCGGAGCAGCUGUACGACGGCGAGUACUUUCACACGAAGCUGGUCGUGCACAACGCCAGCACGCAGCAAGACGCCACCCACGUAUUCCUGCAGCGCAGCCCCAACACGGCACAUUUGAUGUACAUUGAGGAGUUCGACUUUGCCACAAAUAUGGACUUUGACGCGCCGCUCGUCCUCGCCGACGAGCUCAAGGCGCAGGAGACGCGCAUCUUCACGGUGACCAUUCGCGGCCAGCACCGCCACGGCGACAUCUCGCAGCAGGGCAGCGGUAACUACAUCUUCCUGCUGCUCGCCUACCUCCCCGGCACCCCGCAGGACCACGAACGCCGUCUGGAGCGCUCGCAGCGAGCCGUGCUGAGUGCGUCGGAAGCGGAUGGGACGAGCUUCGGUACACCCCCGACGGAGUUCAUGCCGGGCUCUGGCGUGGAUUCCCUGACCUCAAGCACGGAGCAUCAGUCCUUGCCGAGCCCUGUUUCAAAUGGCAAGUGUCCGUCCAACAGCCCUCCUGCUAUGGUGCGCCUACACCGCCUGCUCCGCCGCUGCGACGUGCUGCCGAUGCUGGGGAUGUACUCCACGGUGCUCCCGCCUUCCAAUGCGUCACUUAAGAUCGCGAUUGUGCUGACGGUGAAGAACAUCUGCCCAGCGCAGUCCCGCAGCGGGCCGCAUGCCUCAGCAGCAGCAUCGGGCGCCCAGCUCUCCCCUUCGCAGUCCAAAGACGCCGUGCGCGCCAUCCCUGUCACCGCAGCCGACGACGCCACGCCUCCAAACGGUCCGGAGACGGCCCGUGGCGGUGCAGCAGCAGCAGAAGAAGAAUCCGCCGCGUCCUCCUACGCCCCUCUGCGCAUUGCACGUGUGUUGGCCGUGCACAGCUCCCGUUGGGGCAUCGAGUGCAACGGCACGGAGGAGUUGGUGGCCGACCGCGCCGUGCAGUGCCUGCUCACCCAAGGCGACUGCCUUUCGUUUGCGCUGCUGGUGAAGCGGCGGCCACGCGGCAUCGGGGCGGCGGACACGACGGCGCGACAUCUUUUCUUGAACCGCACCGAGGAGGAAGGGUCGCCGUACGCGGACACCACCUGUCUCCCUCUCGAGAAGGCUCUGCCGUCUCCGUCACGCAUUAGAAACGUGGAGGGCCACCUGGGUGCUGGUGUCUCGCAGUCGGACCGCAACUUGUUCUUCUUGCAGACGUCGUGGCUGGGACCCGGCCGCGUCGGCGUCCAGACCUCGAGCGAAGAAACGAAUGGCGGGCUGGCCUUCUACGCGGACAAGGCCGGUCAGCAGAAGGCGCCGCCCAAAACCGCGCAGCAGCGCCGCCGGGACGAGGUGGCCGAGGAGCGUCGCCUCUGCGGUGCGGCGAUGGAGCAGUACACGCCGAUAGCGCUCGCCGUGACGUGGGUGCGGGAGGGCAGCGACGGUCUGCGCAAAGGACAGCUGUUCCUCUUUGUCGACCCAAUUGAGCAUGUCUACCAAACCUUGGCGCAGCAGCAGAAGCGGCAGGCGGACCUGGAGGCGGCAACGCAGCUCCGGCCGGCGGCGGCGGUGGUGGCCGCAGCUUCGGUGGAACAGACGCAGCAGGAGUUGUGUGCGGCGAUGCUGGUGCGCUACGCCAGCCUCAAACCGUGGCAGGGCGCUGUCGUCUCCCACGUCCACGUGCCGCCCGUCGUGCGGGCUUCUUUGUGCGGUGCGGGGAGUGGGGCUACCCGCUGCCUUACGGCGGAGGUUUCCGUGACGCUGCGUUGCAUGUCCCUCUCGCCUCUCCCCCUCCUCGUCACGGCGGAGGCCCUGCCGAGCCAGCUGGCCACCGCCUCCCCGUUGCACGCCGGCGUGACGUCGGAGGCGCAGCGACAGUUCCCAGCGGCGGGAUCGUCGUCGCCCAGCGCAGCCACGACACCGCGAAGUUCAUCCCCGCUGGAAGCUGCCGCCUCGGCGGCACGGCGCACCAGUGGAGAGGUGCCCAUUUUGUUUGUCGGCAAAACAGUCUACACGUUUCUGCUGAUGCCGAGUGAGGAAUUGGAGGUGAAGUUCACGGCACACGCACUACGACCUGGCCUCGUCGACUGUCAGCGCAUUACCCUGCGAGCCGUCUCCAUCUGCUUCGUGCACGGUAGCGUCGAGGCGGAAGACGGCGCAGAAGGGGAAGGCGACAGUGAAGGCGUCGAGAACGGCUCCAUGUCCUCUCUCGUGCGGCCGUUCAUGCGCACUGGCAUGACGCUUCCCGCCCUUGUCCGUGCGUUGCUCGAGCGACGCACACCGUCCUGCACGACAAGCACGACCACCCGUGCGGUUGCCUCGGCCCAGCAGUACUUUGGUGACGAGGACUGUGGUGGCGCACGGGAGGCGGACACGCUUGGAAACUCAAGUUCUGACAUCCAUGCGGGCAGCAGCAAUCUGGAUCACUGGAAGGCGCUGGCGCGCUCCCCGCGAGGACUAGCCGAGGCAGCGGCGGUGAACAGUGUGACGACGCUGGUGGAGCGCUACGGCGCCCGCGUGGCGGAGGUGCUGCGCCAGCUCUCCCCGCGUGGCCGCGCUGCCAGUGCCACGGUGAGUCAGAUCAUCCCGCAGACGGCGCCCGCGCUGACGCGGGUGGUGCUCGACGACGCGGCGUUUGGCGCCUUCACCGCCUGUUCCGCCAUCGGCUCUGCGCACCCGCACGAGACGACGCGCAAGUUAUUCCGUCAGCUCGAGGCUUUCGAGACGGAGGUGCUGCGGGCUUCUCAGGCAAGCAGCAACGGCGGCAGCAAGAAUGCCGACCCUUACCUUCGCCAGUACGUCUACCGGCCCACCGUGAAAUCGGUCGACGGAGGCGCCAGUGGCGUUCUUGUAUCGAACAGCUCGCUGUCCUUGGCGAAGGGGAAUUCGGCGGCCCUGCUGAGCGGGUCCCCGGCAAUCGCCGCGCGGCACUUCGGCGGUGCCGCCGUUUUGCCGCCUUCUCCCUACAUAUCCGCCAGCGCCGCCGCCGCCGACGCACCGUCCGAGCAGGACAGCCUCAUCGCUGCCUCCGGGGAGGCGACCGGCCUCUUUGCCCUCCCUCCGCCUUCCUCGUCGUCUCCUACGUUGACGUCUUCGUCCGUUCCUGUUCGACCGGCGCUCGUGGUGGAUGUGCAGGCGAGCCCGUUCAUCAGCGCCAGCGUCCCUGCGGCAGGGGUAGGGUCGACGUUGGUCACCGCCGCCCCGAGCGAGGAGGCGGAGGCGGCAGCGACGGGCUCGUCUUCUGCGCGCCUUCUUUUCCAGCCCCUCCACUGGGAGAGCCCCGUCGCGAGCAACUUCGAAGACGCGGUCGUGACGGAGGAGGGAAACCUCGUAAAUGAGGCGGAGGCCGAAGACAGCGGUGCCCCGUCGAGCCCGUUGCACCUCCCCGCCGUCGCCUUCAGCCGUCGCGCAGCCGAAGCAGCCGAGACGCUCGACAUUCGCGAGAACAGCAGCGUCGGCGGGUCCGAUCUGCUGCGUCAGCCGCGCAUGGAGGGCGCGGAGUCUGGUGAUGAGGGCACCCACAACGGCUCUUUUGACUCGGUGUUGGCCACCGCCACCCUCACGGAGAUGAGGAGUGGCGGGACGCCGUUGCAGAUACCCGCCAACUCGCAGGACUUUACGGAGGUGGAGAGCGUGGAAGCUACGCUGGACCUCCCCCAUCGCCACGUCGCGGACACGACGGGGCAGCCACCGGCUCUGUUGGUUCCCUCAACGGUGCAGCUGUCGCACUCUGCGCAGACGCGGUCCACUGCUGCUUUUGGCGGUGUGAGACCCUUGUCGCCGCCGGCUCCUAAGCAGCUAUCCCCUGCACCUCUGUUUGACUCCACGACGAGCAGCAGCAGCAGCAGCAGUAGCAGCUCCAGUUCGUCAUCAGGGUCGUCGGGCUCGUCCGCAGUGGAGUCCGGCAAGGAAGCGCAGCACCCGCUCGCCUAA